AUGCAAAUGCAAAAUAAAUCAAAGGAUGCUUCGACAGCGGAGUAUCCAAGCAGGUCCCAGGUGUACCAUGCUUCGUCAGUGACUACUACACAUGUUGGUCAGGAAGAUCAAGAACAUAAAACAAAAUUCUACCUUAUAGUCGUUGGUGUGUCUGCAGUCGCUGUUGCCGUAUCGGCUCUUCUCCUCGUUGCAGUGGUCAGAUGCUACAUUUCUGGCUCAAAGACUGGGACCUACAGCAGAGACAGUUGGAAUAAAUACUUUCCUACUGCCAGAUCUGCAUCUACAGGAAGUUCUCUUGGUCGCUUCAUCUCCUUUUCGCGUUACCCUGACGAAAGCUUCAGUGAGAGUUUCUCAUCUGGAACACUCUCAUCAAAUACUCAUUCCUCUGGUUCCUUCAGUGGUGGUUCAUCCCUGUACAGCAGUAAUACUUCAUCUUCAAGUUCUUACCGAUCCUCCAUCUAUGCUAGAAUACGUACGCUAUUUAGUACUCGUCGUGACGGAGACGACUUUUCCGUUUUUCGUGGAUCUCCUUCGGGUAAUCUUCUAUCCACAUUUCAUCCACAAAGCUCGGAAAACACACACUCUGAAUCAUCAGAUGAAGAACAUCCCGUCCAGAGCGGAGAUCCUAAUUCGUACAGACGAUUAUCAUUUAGAGCGAUAAGGAACGCGUUCCAAAAUCAGUUGCACAGAACUCCUAUGACUAACUUGCUAUCAGUGAGAUCAAGUUUUUCACGGAGCACGGAUAGAACGAGUACGGAAGGUUCGUUGCAGGAUAUAUAUUCUUUAGUUGCCGAUGGGGAGGCCGAAGAGAAAAAUGAUGAUUUUGUUUUCACAACUGACACAACAGCAAGGAUGAAAGUACAACAUACUUACUUCAAAGGCUGCACAGUUGGAUAUGAUCCUAUUUCGCAGCCGGUACAGAGUACUGCAAACUUGAUACCCAGUGGUUCAGACGGCGCUCCAGCAAUGGAUCAACAAGAAAUAAUUUUAGGACAACAUGACGCAGGUGAUAGAGCAGGGAUCACCAGACCACGAAAAAUAUUGCACACCUAUUUCCAAGGACAGAAUAGGUUAUGGUCAGGUAGUUGUCGAAAGAGUUCACUUGGGAGGCCAUUGCCAUCAAUUCCCGAUCGACAUAGAGGAGAUGAUGACAGGGAGACACUGAUAAACAGUGUCACGUAUGAAUCACUUUCUGUCGAUUCCAAGUUUGCUCUUGAUCGGGAAACUGGUACUGAUUCUUCAAAAUCACGUGCCGAUGAUGAUUCUGUACACAGACACGUAGACCGAAGCGAGAGGGAUGGCGGAAACCUAUCAGGGUAUGAAGCCAGUGGGAGUACUGAAUAUCAUCAUGAUGAAUCAAAUACUAAAGACCACUUACUGCAUCACACCUCCCCUCAUCCACUCAAUGAUUUAGCAUGCGCAUGUACGGUAGAUGAUAGUCCUGACGAUACACCAUUUCCACACAGUGACCGCAUUGUUCUAACGAAAUCGAAUAAAGAGCAUGAGAGGGGUAAGGUAUUAAGGAAUUCAUCGACCUGCAAUGCGAGAUCUGAUAGCAAUGAGCUACAUGAUGAAUCAACAUCAACUUCAGAAAUAAGUCAGCUCUAUAGUAAAAUGAACAAAAGAAAGAUUGUACAUACGUAUUUCAGAGGACAUGCUCAAACUUAGAGUGACUUUGAAGCAUUAAUAUACACAUAAUGGUGCUUGCGAAAACAUGUUG